AUGAGCGGGGACUGCUCGAACCCAGCUGGCGAGGGCGUGCGCAAGAGGCCGAGGUGCCCAGUACCAGGGUGCAAGGAGAAGCUCACGGAGACCACCAGCAUCGUGUGCACGGCGUGCGGCAGCCGCACGUGCAUGCGGCACCGCUACGAGGACGCCCACCCGUGCGCACGCGCGCAGCCCUCCAGGGCGAAGCCGGGGGCGGGCGAGUGGCAGUGCCAGCGGUGCACGCUGGUGAACGCGCGAGGCUCCUCCGAGUGCCUGGCGUGCGGCGCCGCUUCGGGCGCAGCAGUGCAGCGACCGCGACCGCCCGCGGCGCCGGGCGCCGGCUGGACCUGCGGGGCCUGCACGCUGCAGAACGGCGCCGCGAGCACCGCCUGCGCCGCGUGCGGCGCCGCGCGGGCGCUGCCCGGCGCGCGGGCGGCGCCGCCGUGGCGGUGGCGGUGCGCCGCCUGCACCCUGGAGAACGCGCCGGGCAGCCCAGCGUGCGCCGUUUGCGGCGCCAGCGCGGAGUCGGUGGCGGUCAGGAUAGAGGGCGCUGGCGCCGAGGGCGGCGCGGCCAGCAGGGGCUGCGGCGUGAGCUGA